ACCGUACUGCAGAACCUAAAAUACCAGAAAAUGGAAAGAGAAAGAGAAAUAGAAGAAGAAGAAGAAAAGAGGCCAAUCGUAGGAGAAACGGCAUCCUUCAAUGCAGCCGUUCAGUCGACGACGCCUCUAUUGCCAACUGGUCCACCGAAAACGAGGUCUGUCCGCACAAAGGUUCCUGAGAUUGAGGUACAUUUGUACCGACAGGGCCAAGGUCCGGUUAAUGUGUUCAAGUCGGCCCUCGGCGGCUGGGACCAGGAUCAGCUCGAGGUCCGAGACAUUCUAGACAAGCACAACCUCAAGUCUCUUUAUUCCUUCAGCCUUGACACCGGACGUUCCAGCCGGAUCCGCUUCCAUCCGAGGAACGGUCGAUCGUUGAUGCCUUACACCGCUGGAUCUGUAAUCUACGUUGACGGCGAGGUCAAGGCAUCUUUGAUCAAGCCUAUCACCAAGAUCUUGGUGGGUAUUGCCAUAGUGAGUAUCAUGCUAGUGCUGGUCUUGAAGGCGUAUCCUGAGUUGAUAGAGAAAUUAGACUUUUCUGGCGGCAGAAUCCCUCCAUGGAUAUUGGCUUGCAUGGUUAUCUUGUUCACUCACUUGAGGAAGAGGACUAAGGACUUUCUGAAAAGCCGUGGAUGGUAAAAACUCCACAGAGGUUACAACUUACAACACCAUUCUUUCUUUCUUUUUUAUAAGCUUUUUGAUUAGAUAGUAACCCUGAUCUUGGAAUACCCCACAAUUUACUAUUUAUCUGUUAUACCUUUCUGUUUACAGAACCCCAUAACACAUUUUUGUUUCUGUUCAAUUUUGCCUGAAGGUGAAAUACUUGUUUUUCACCUCUGUUUUCUAACACAAUUUGUUAGAAAAUUGACAUGUAACAUUUUAAUGGAAGCUGAAAAGUGCUGAUAAUUAUUUUUCUUCUG